AUGAUCUCGAAAAUCGAACAUGCAACGAGAAAAAUUGAAGAGAUGCUAAAUAACAAUGACUUACAAAAUAAAUUGCAGGAACUAUCACGAAAUAUUGAAAGUUAUGAUGCAAUUGAUAGUGAAGAAUUUGAGAAAAUUUUUCCAAUCAAAUGUUCGAUACGACUUGCCGAUCCAAUGCCUUAUAUAAUGGGUCCACCGCAAUUUCGACGGGUUUAUCUAAGAGGAGAUGUAAAAUUAAAAGAAAGUAAACAAGGUGCAAAAGUUGAAGCACACUGCAUACUUUUCACCGAUCUUUUCCUUAUUUGUAAAUCAACAGGUCGACGUACGGAUCGUUUAAGGAUUCUUAAGCCACCUAUACAUAUCGCGAAAAUAUGCCUGCAGCAGUUCAUUGAUUAUUCUGGUUUUAUAUUAUCGCCAAUAAAUGAUUUUGGUCUUCCUAUUGCUCUAUAUUAUCUAUAUACAUCGACAGCAGAAGAAACGAAAAAGUGGAUGGAAAUGACAAAUAUGGCACUUCAUGAUUUUUAUCGCCUGAAGCCACUGUGCCCUCAGCAGUAUCUGGCAGGAUUUUCUCUUGGUUUAUCAAAUAGCUUCUCUGAACCAGAAGCAGCUUUUCCUCUUGAUUUUGAUAGGCCAUCAUCAAAUAUAAUCCCUUCAAAGCAGAAUUUUUGCGAUGGACCAACCCCCGAUGUCAUACAUAGGAAAAGUUCUAGCAUGGAUUCACAAACUAUAGCCGAACAUAGUCAGAUGACGAGUAAGUGA